GUGUAUCUGGGUGUGACAAACAUCGCCACCACUGCGAUUCGAGUAGCCAAAAGGAUUUGGCACAUUUGGGACCAAUAUCAGUCACACGAAACCGAUUCGACACUAGCCCAAAAAUAUUACAUAGCACAGUCGAAAAUCAAAAAGAUGACUAUUGCCUGUAAACUGUGGUUAUUGGCCGUGGUGUGUGUAGCGUUCUUAUACCAGGAUGGUCCCCAAGGAAACGGCGUGUUAUGCGUAAAAAAAGCCGCCCCUUCAGAUGAAGAUAAUUCGCCCGAAGCUGGAUCGUCUGAUGAAUAUAGCGCUGAUGAUGAUUCCGACAACGCAAGUGGUGGUGAUUCCAGUGGUGGGGGUGAUUCAGAUGGCGAUAGUGUGGGAACCAACAAUGAAGAUUCCACUGUUACAGAUGAUGAUAAUGGCGACUAUGAAGAACAUUCGAAACAUAAAACUAAUAAAAAAUCUGGUAAAGGCAAGAAUCACCACCGUGACCACGAUGAAGAUGAUGGCGAUGACGACGAUGGAAAAGACAACGAUGACGGAGAAGAUGGAGAAGAGGAAAAAAAUGAAGAUGAUGAAGAAUGUGAAAAAUAUGAAGAUCAUGCUGGUUCCGACGAAGAUGAUGAUAAAGAGCACCACAAGGAUAUCAAAAAUAAGAUAAAUAAUGACGAUGAAAUCGGGGAAAUGCAAAUAUUUACGACGACCACCAUCAUAGGAAAACCAAAGGAUAUCCUAAAAUUCCUCGACGCAGGUGUGAAGCCAUAUAAACCAGCUGCUUUGAAUUUAAAACAAAAAUCAAAUGCUAAACUUUUAAAAAAAAUUGAAAACAUCACUAAAAGUAAUAAAUCAAGCAAGGGCAAAAAAGAUCCAAAUGAAGAUUUGACGAACUACAUGAGUAAAAUUAUUAAGGAGAGUUCAAAAAAAAAAAAAACUAAACAAUCAGAUUCAAAUAAGAUAUUAAUUACUCUUGUGAAGGAUGUUUUGUUGAAAUUAUUGAAAGAUAUGUAGUUUGAAGCCAAUGACAAGUCUAUUAGUGUACUUGACCACCGAAAUGUGUUGGAAAUCGAAUUUGUGUACACGACUCCAUCAGUACAUACAGCUGUAAUUAAAAAUAAUUAAAUCUGUGAAAAUGUUUAAAUGUAUCGUUAAGAACAAUAUGUUUAUUUUCAAGAAUCCAAGAUUAUUGUGUUUACAGUUCUCCCAUUAACAUAAGUACCUACAUUAACAUUUAAAUAUGCUUUAUUGCAUUAAAGUUUUAUUUCCAUAAUUUAUAUACUGCGUGCAUAAUAAUAAAAUAUAUUAUACUCUA